AUGGACGACGACCGGCUUCCCACUCUUCUCGCCGCCCUUCCCCCAUCCUCCAAUUACUUCUCCCUCGAGUUCUUCCCGCCAAAAACGUCGUCCGGGUUUUCGAACCUCCAAGCACGGCUUGUGCGCAUGACAGCCGCUCUCCGCCCGCUAUUCGUGACGGUGACAUGGGGCGCGGGCGGGUCGACGGCGAGCAAAUCGCUCGAGCUCGCCGAGGUGUGCCAGCGCCAGCUGGGCGUGCCGACGGUGCUGCAUCUGACGUGCACGAACAUGAACCGCGCGGCCAUCGACGACGCCCUGGAGAGUGCCAAAGAAGUCGGGAUCCGCAAUAUUCUGGCCCUGAGAGGUGACCCGCCCCGCGAGGAGUACAGGGAUACCGAUGAGAAUGGCAGUGGCGGGACCGGUACCGACAGUAACGAGGAUUUCACAUGGGCCGUCGAUCUGGUGCGCUACAUACGGCGGAAGUACGGUGAUUACUUCUCGAUAGGCGUCGCGGGAUAUCCCGAGGGCCAUGCUGAUGAGAGUAAUCCUGAGGCUGGCAAGCAGAAUGUGGAGCAUGAUUUACCGUAUCUGGAGGAGAAAGUCGCGGCAGGUGCGGACUUUAUCAUGACACAACUUACUUAUGAUAUCGAGGCUUAUCGGGCAUAUGAGAAGAGGCUUCGGGAAUACGUUACGAAAGAUGGGAAUAAAUUGUUUGAGAGAAUCCCUAUUAUACCUGGUUUGAUGCCGAUUCAGAGUUAUCAGAUCAUCAAGCGAAUCACGAAACUCAGCCAUGCUAAAAUCCCGGAUGACAUCUCGAAACGGAUUGAGGCUGUAAAAUCCGACGAUGAAGCGGUGAAGAAGGUUGGUGUGGAUGUGCUGAGCGAAUUGGUCGAGAAUAUCAAGGGCUCGCCGCAGCCUAGAGGCGUUCCACGUGGGUUCCAUUUCUACACGCUGAAUCUCGAGAAGUCCGUGGCAUUUAUUUUGGAGAGGACGGGUCUGAUACCGACGAUAUCUGAACCAAGCCCUGGCGAAUCUUCCGACUCCGAUGCCGUUGUGGAUGACGAUAAGUUGAGUGCGUAUGAGAGCUCGCGCCUGGUCGGUCAGCCUACUCAACGUUUCUCCAAGCGGAGAGCAAGCUCGAUAAAUGCACAACCACAUAACAGAGUCAUCACCGAUAACUAUACGCCUGUGCCUCAACAACGCGGCACACUUGCUCCGACCUCUCAAGACUCCAGAUUAACUUCACAGCAUGAGGCAUCGGGUCGUGGGGCAGGGAUUCCCGCUUCGGGGCCUACCCGACAGCACAAUCUCCUGAUAUCAGAGGGGCAGGGAUCGCUUGGACGCGAGGCUACCUGGGAUGACUUUCCGAAUGGAAGAUGGGGUCCUUCUCAUUCACCCGCUUUUGGCGAGAUAGAUGGCUACGGGCCAUCGCUGAAAGUCGGGCCAGUUACUGCACGGAAACUCUGGGGUCGACCGAAAUCGUCCAAAGACGUGACGGACCUCUUUCGUCGAGUCGUCCUCGGUGAGCUCGAAGCAGUUCCCUGGAGUGACGACGUCGACCCAGAUUCUGCCGGCACGGGCGGAGGAGCGCUCCGAGCAGAGACAAAAGUCAUCCAGAGCAACCUCCUAGAUCUGAUCGAGAAGAAGGGAUACUGGACCCUCGCCAGCCAACCGGCCGUGGACGGAGCAAGAAGCGAUGAUGAGACGUUCGGCUGGGGCCCACCCGGCGAAGGCUUUGUCUUCCAGAAGGCUUUUGUCGAGUUCUUCUGCCCCAAGGCUGAAUGGGAGAAUCACCUCCGCCCUUCACUGAUCAAGCAUGGCGAGGAGAAGGUAGGCUGGAUGAAGACCGACGCCCAAGGUCUAUUCGAAUCCAGCGACCUGGUUGCUCAGCAGCACGAGACGACGACGAACGGCACAUCGAACUCCACCUCUAAGCGCACUCCGGGUGCCCAUGGCGUCAGUGCCGUCACAUGGGGUGUGUUCCGCGGUAAAGAAAUCAUCUCACCCACCAUGAUUGAGAGCGAGAGUUUCAAGGCUUGGGGUGAGGAGGCUUACAGCAUUUGGAGCGAGUGGCGGCGGUGUUUCCCACGUGGUAGUGACGAGGAGAAGUUGCUUGAUCAGCUCAGACGUGAUUCUGUGCUGGUCAAUGUUGUUGGUCAGACUUUCAUCGGUGGUCAUACUGGACGGGGUGCUGAGUUGUGGAAGAUUCUAAUGGGUCAUGAUGUUGGGUCGAGUUGA